AUGCCACAAAAUGAAUUUACUGAGUUACACUGUGAGUGCUAUGGAUACCAUUUGGAUUACCAAGAGUAAAAGAGAAAGAAGGAAGGUUGAGAAGCUCAUGAACGUUCAAAGAAGGCAAAAAAGAUGAUGAGUCUGAAAGCUGAGCUCUACCAUGAGCAGCGCCAUGCUGAGAAAAUCCAAAUGAAAAAGACUAUCAAGAUGCAUGAAGAGAGAAACACCAAACAAAAGAAUGAUGAAAAAACUCCACAAGGAGCAGCAGUCCCUGCAUAUCUACUGGACAGGGAGGGACAGUCCCGAGCUGAAGUACUUUCCAAUAUGAUUAAACAAAAACGAAAAGAGAAAGCUGGGAAAUGGCAAGUCCCUCUGCCCAAAGUUCCUGCUGAGGGAGACACAGAAGUAUUAAAAGUUAUUCGAACAGGAAAGACACAGAAGAAAGUGUGGAAGAGGAUAGUUACUAAAGUCUGCUUUGUGGGAGAUGACUUUACUCGAAAACCACUUAAAUAUGAAAGAUUCAUUAGGCCAAUGGGCUUAUGUUUCCAGAAGGCCCAUGUAACGCAUCCUGAACUGAAAGCCACCUUUUGCCUGCCAAUACUUGGUGUAAAGAAGAAUCCCUCAUCCCUACUAUAUAUAACUUUGGGUGUUAUUACCAAAGGUAUUGUCAUUGAGGUGAAUGGGAGCGAGUUGGGCCUCUUGACACAGGAGGCAAGGUUAUUUGGGAAAAUAUGCCGGGUUAUCAACAAUCCUGAAAAUGAUGGAUGCAUAAAUGCAGUCUUACUGGUUUGACAGCAGUUUCCUACAAGUAACUCCUUAUAAUUAUUGA